ACGAUAUAAUCACAUACGUUGCAACAACGAAUAGUCUAUCACUCAUAACCACGCUCGGCGUUCCAAUAGUCUAUCAGUUUUGUCUGCAAGCACUAUAUUAUUUUUAUAUCUAUAUAGCAGUCUAUCGUAGAUUUAAGCUGAAAGAAGGAAAAGAAAAAUCUUAAGCAAGUUCCAUCAAUGGCGACUUCUGAAGAUCAGCUGUCAUCAGUUAUAGUGUUAAUGGUACCAUUGCCAGCUCAAAGCCACCUCAACCAACUGCUUCAGCUCUCCCAUGUCGUCUCCUCAUACAACAUCCCAGUCCACUACGUUAGCUCAGCUCUUCACAACUCCCAGGUCAAGUCUCGAGCUCCAAACCCUCUUCACCACUUAGCCAAAAUCCAUUUUCAUGACUUCCCAACUCCACACUUUGUCUCUCCUCAGCCCACCAAGACUGCUAGCAACUUCCCUGUACAUCUCAUGCCUGCACUUGAAGCUUCUGUUCACCUUCGCCAGCCCUUCUCAGAUCUCCUCGCUAGGCUCUCAACGACAGCCAAAAGAGUUGUUGUUAUUCAUGAUUCCAUGAUGAGCUAUGUCGUUCAAGACACUGCUUCUCUAGCACACAACUCGGAAACUUACGUUUUCCAUUGUAUCUCUGCUAUUUCUAGAGUUUCCUUCCUCCGAGACGCCGUGGGAGGAGGCUUGGAGAUUGGUCAUGAGCUGAUAAAUCAGGCCAAGAUUCCUUCUUGGGAAGGAUUUUUAGAUCCGAGGUUCGACGCUUUCGCAGAUAAACAAGUUCCGUUUAUGAAAGCCAACAAAUCUGGUCAUCUUUACAACGCUUGUAGGCUUAUUGAAAGUGAGUUUCUUGAUUUCAUUUUCGAGAAAGAGCUCGAAAGUGAUCAUAACAUGAAGCUUUGGGCAAUUGGGCCUUUAGAUUCUGUAACAAUCUUCAAGAAAAACUCACUCAACUCCAGCGAUGGCAAUUCAGAGAAAGUUUAUUACUUAGAGUGGCUUGAAAAACAGAAACCUAACUCUGUUUUGUACAUCUCUUUUGGAACCACAACUUUCUUGGAAGACAGACAGAUUGAAGAAAUAGCAAUUGGGUUGGACAAAAGUGAAGUCAAAUUCAUCUGGGUUUUGAGAGAUGCAGACAGAGGAGACAUUUUUGGUGAUGAACAGAAAGUUAGAGGACCUCAGCUUCCAAAAUGGUUCGAAGAAAGAGUGGAAGGAAAGGGAAUGGUGGUGAGGGAAUGGGUGCCCCAGUUGGAGAUUUUGGGGCACCCAUCAACAGGUGGGUUCAUGAGUCAUUGUGGGUGGAACUCAUGCAUGGAGAGUAUGAGCCUGGGAGUGCCCUUGAUAGCUUGGCCGAUGCACUCAGAUCAGCCCAUGAAUGCUGCUUUUGUCACUGAGUUUGUUAAAGUUGGUUUGGCUGUUGGGGAAUUGGGAAACAGAGAUGAGCUAGUGAAUUCAUCUACGAUUGAGAAAGUUGUGAAGAAAUUAAUGAGUUCUGAUGAAGGAGAUGAGAUUAGGAAAAGAGCUAAGGAAUUGGGUGAUGAGUUGAGAAAGGCUACUGCUGAAGGAGGAGUUUCUCGGAUGGAAAUGGAUUCACUCAUUUCUCACAUCACUAGAUAGUUUUGGCUUAAUAAUUAAUACUAUUUCGCUGUGUUCUAUGCCUCUGGUGCGUUGACAUGAUUGUAUUAUGAUAUUGAUCCCAUUUCCAUGGAAGCUUUAAACUUGUCUUAGCUAAAAUAGUAAGAAGCAAGUUUUUGGGUGUUUUGUCUAACAAUGGUCACUGCAGCAUCUUCACUAAAAUAUAUCACUAUUUCAGGUUCAACCUCUCCUCUAUGUGCUUGGCUUUUUGAUAAUCCACUGGAGCAAUCUACCAUGCUCCUCUGUUUGAGCUCUCCAACCUAGCUAAUUCUUCACUUGCAACAAACAAGUAUUGCUAUAUGUACACUGAAAAAAUAAGUGCUGAAUAUCUUCAUUGUACUCACCACACAAUAAACAUGAUUGAUCCAUGUGUGGAUUGUAUUUGCGGAUAUAUAAUCGGGUACGAAGCUUCUGUAGCAUCACUAGCCAUAAAAUGAACAGGUGUUUGGGAAUGCUAAGCCUCUCCCAAACAACAUUCCCCCAAUGUACUUUGAACGGGUGAGCAAAUAGAAUUUCAUGCCCUGCUUUAAUAGUGUA